AGCCUCCAAUGGCUGCUUCAACUUCCUUUUUCCUAAUGCACUAUUCUAAAUGCAUGUUGCAGGAUGGCCUUUUGGACUUCUCAUCUCCUUGGCCUCCUGUUUUUCUUUCUACUAAUUAUCAAUCAAAUUUCCUUCAUCACCACCACCACCACCACCACCCGCGUUGGCGUUAUCUUGAAACCAACUUUCCUACAUGUUCCCGUCUUUCGGGAAGCGCCUGCUUUUCGCAAUGGGAGGGAUUGUGGUUCGUCCGCUGCGGACCGUAUUCAUGUGGCCAUGACUCUUGAUGCUAAUUAUUUGAGAGGUACCAUGGCUGCAGUAUUAUCCAUCCUACAACAUUCAACAUGUCCAGAAGAUGUCAUGUUUCACUUUUUAUGUGUAAGACAUGAACCUGUGGUAUUUUCUAGCAUUAAGUCCACUUUCCCUUACCUCAACUUCAAGCUCUACAAAUUUGAUGUCCACAGGGUCCGUGGCCUAAUUUCAAAGUCGAUUCGUCAAGCUUUAGAUCAACCGUUAAAUUAUGCAAGAAUUUAUUUGCCUGAUUUAAUUCCAAUAGACGUAAAACGCGUUAUUUAUCUUGAUUCUGACAUAGUCAUUGUUGAUGACAUUGUUAAAUUAUGGCAAGUUGAUCUUGGUGACAAAGUAUUAGCUGCUCCUGAAUAUUGUCAAGCAAAUUUCACAACUUAUUUCACAGACACAUUUUGGGAUGAUUCUGAAUUACCUAAAACAUUUAAUGGUAGAAAACCAUGUUAUUUUAAUACAGGUGUUAUGAUUGUUGAUGUUGAUAAAUGGAGAUGUGGAAAUUACACACAAAAAGUUGAAGAUUGGAUGGUUAUACAAAAGCAAAAAAGGAUAUAUCACUUAGGUUCUUUACCACCUUUUUUGUUAACCCUAGCUGGGGAUAUUACCCCUGUUGAUCAUAGAUGGAAUCAACAUGGAUUAGGUGGUGAUAAUAUUGAAGGAAAAUGUAGGAGUUUGCAUCCUGGUCCUAUUAGUUUAUUACAUUGGAGUGGUAAAGGUAAACCAUGGUUAAGAUUGGAUUCAAGAAAACCAUGUACUGUUGAUCAUUUAUGGGCUCCUUACGAUCUCUAUCGUUCAUCGAGGCAUUCAUUCGAGGAAUAAUGCAUGCUACUACAGAAGAAGCAGAUUCUGAAUUUUAACCUGAACGGUUUAAUAUUUUAUGUUCUUGUUACUAUUGAAGAACAAAUUGUAUGAACUUUUAAAAUUAUGGGGUUCAUAAUUUAAUAUUUAUUGAAAUUUUUAGUGAUCUUGUGUUAAAAA